AUGAGAUUAUUACUCCAAUUAAUAUUAAUAUUUACAAUUUUAUUUUCAAUUGCUAAUGCAAUUGAUAAUGUACCAUUAACAUUAUGUAUGUCUGGUAGAGCACAAGGUACAGAGUCAUUGAAUAAAUCAGGAUCUUGUGAAUAUGGGCCAUACAACGGACCAACUGGACCAGGUACAUUAACAGCAACCCUUAAUGAAUAUUUCUAUAGCAGUGGCGUCAAGUGCGGUGAUUGUUUUGAAAUUUCUGGACCAAAAGGUAAAACUGUUGUAAGAGUUGUUAAUUUUUGUUCUGCCGGUACAUGUCCAUCUGAGAAACCAUUGUUCAUGUUAACUCCAGAUGCCUUCUCUGAAAUUUCCAAUGAUCCAUUAUCAGUUAUCUAUGAUGCUGGUUUUAGAAAAGUCAGUUGUGAUGCCAAUGCCGCCCCAAUUAAAGCACAAGUCUCUGAAGAUAGUUCAAAGUAUUACGUCAAAUUAUUAAUUUUCAACAAUAACCUUGGUAUCAAAGAUGUUACCAUCAAGAGCAAAUCAAUGAAAACUGCAGUUCCAAUGGUUCGUCAAAACAGUGCCCAAUUUGUUUGGAGUGAAGCCGGUAAAGAAAUGACAUUCCCAGCUACCGUUACUGUAUCAUCCCAAUACGGUGGUUCAGUUACUCUUGAAUUAAAAUCCUUGGACAAAGAUGUUCUUAAAUUUAGCGACAACUUUGUUGUUCCAAAAGGUCUUAUUAAGAAAGCCCCAGAAACCUGUUCACUCUCUGCCUCCCCACUUACCAUCUACCAAAAUGGCUUGACUGAAGGUUGGAACUACUGGUCAUCAAGAUCAUACAGCGCCAUCAACACCACCGAUACAUCAAUGCAUAGCAAUGGUUCAACUUCAUCACUUUCCAUCAUUUUAUUAGGCUCCUCAUCUUCACUCACCUUAGCUCGUUCUGGUGAUUUUGACACUGCAUAUUUCACUGGUAUUAAAUUCAAUAUUCGUUCUAACACUACCCUUGAAGGCUUCCGUGUUUAUUUCCCAAGUGAAGAAUCUAAAUUCUGGACACCAAAAACCCCAAUUUCAACUUCAUGGACUACUUACACUGUUCCAUUCUCUGCUUUAAAACACAAAUCAAUUGAAUCUGCCAUCACCUUUGCCAACACUGAUAACGUCAAUGCCUAUAUCCACAUUGAUAACAUCUUUUUCAUUGCUUCACCACAUGCCUCAACUUCAGGUUAUGCUUCAUCCAAUGAUACCAAUGGUACUGGUAAUUUAGCUACAACUGCUGGUACAAGUGCUACUGGUGCUGCUACUGCCGCUGCUACAACUGGUGGUGUUGCUACUGGAUCAACUGAAUCAACUUCAACUGCUACAACUGGCGGUAAAGGUCAUACUACUGGUACUGUCACACCAUUAACCUCAACUGGUAGAACUACUUCAAACCCAACUACUGCUUCAUCCAUUGGUGGUAAUAGUGAUUCUGAAACCUCUGAUGAACAUCAUUCAUCAUCAUCAACUGUCCAAAUCUCCUUAUUAUUAAUUUCUGCUAUUUUGGCUUUUAUUUCUUUAUAA